AUGGGCAACCACGCGCUGAUUUACGGCGCUUCUGGAAUCUCAGGAUGGGCCAUUGUCAAUGCCAUCCUGAACGGAUAUCCUUCCAAAGAUGCCUUCUCCCGAGUCACAGCUAUGGUCAAUAGGCCAUUGACACGGGAGAUGGCUCUCUGGCCUGACGAUUCAAGACUGCAAAUCGUGUCUGGUGUCGACCUGGUCAAGGGGACACAGGAAGAGCUCGAGAAGCAAAUCAAAGAAAAGGUCAAAGAUGUCGAGACCGUGACUCAAGUGUACUUCUAUUCAUACAAGCAGAUCGACGAACCAGAAGCCGAGUGCAAGACCAACGAAGCGAUGUUGGAGCGUGCCGUGACCGCGAUCGAUCAUCUGUCCUCCAAACUAUCAUACGUACUUCUCCCAACAGGUACCAAAAUCUAUGGUUGCCAGAUGUUAGACAAGUUCCCAUUCGCGAACGACCUACCACUCAAGGAGACUCUGCCGCCUAUUCCCGAGCCGUACCUCUCCCAGCUAUUCUACUACAACCAAAUUGACUGCUUGAAACGCAUCUCCAAAGGGAAGAACUGGAGCUGGUGCGAGGUCCGACCGGACAACAUAAUUGGUUUUGUGCCAAACAACAACGCAUACUGCCUUGCGCAAACCCUGGCAUUGUACCUCUCGCUAUAUCGAUCCGUUGAAGGCGAAGGCGCAAAGUGCCCAUUCCCUGGUACUGAUAAGUCGUGGGUGAACAAGUACAACGAGUCUCCACAAGACAUGGUUGCGCAUUUUUCCAUCCACGCGUCUUUGAACCCGGACAAAACCGCAUCGCAAAGCUUUAACGUAGGCGGUCAGGAAGACAGUUGGAGCGGGAAAUGGCCGGUAAUCUGUGAUUACUUCGGGCUGAAGGGUACCGGACCUGAAGAGAGUUCACCCCAGCCGGGCGCGUAUAUUGACGCGCACAAGAAAGAGUGGGAGGAGCUGGAGAAGAAGCACAAUCUCAAGAAAGGGAGCGUCGAUAGCGAUAUCACGCAUCCAGGAUUCCAGUAUUUCAUCAUGACGAUGUUCGACUUCGACCGCCAGAUGAGCAUGGAAGCCUCGCACAAGGUUGGAUACACGGAGGAGAUUGGAACGAAGGAAACGUGGACGACUGCGUUCGAUCGCAUGAGGAAAGCGAAAUCUCAAUAUAUUACGAUGUUCCCAUCUGUGGGAGGCAUGCGAAACAGGAUGGUUCUAAAGGGCCUGGGCGUAGUGGCCUUUUUCUGCAUAGUAAUCCUGCUAAUGUCAAGCUUCCCCCACAAACGACCGGGCGCGAACCUCAACCUCCCUCUACGCAUACUUCCGCUCGGCGACUCGAUAACAUGGGGCGGGCGGCCGGGUGCAGACAAUGGGACAAAUGGAUAUCGCGCGCAAUUGAUCCACGCGCUUAUACGUGCGCGCUACGCUUCGGUGGACUUUGUCGGCACGCAGCGCUCUGGACUCAUGUCCAACAAUGACAACGAGGGACACCCAGGGGCCACAAUCAGCGAGCUUCAGGGGGUGAUGAAAGCUGGACUACAGAUGCGACCGAAUGUCGUCUUGCUGCACAUUGGCACAAACGAUCUGGCUCGUCCUGAAAGCCCAGAAGAGACGUGGGCAGAUGCACCGAAGCGGUUAGCAGGGCUGCUGGACGACGUGCUGGACAUGUGCCCGGAUGCUGCUGUGCUGGUUGCGAAAAUCAUACAGGCAGCGGAUACACAGACGAAUGACAACAUCAAGACGUUCAAUGACGCCGUGCCUGCGGUUGUGAAGAAGAAGCUUGAUCAGGGCUUCAAGGUUGCGGUUGUCGACCACAGCGUCGUCUUGCCCAAGGAAUUAGUUGACGGGCUGCAUCCGUCCUAUUCUGGGUACUUUCACAUGGGAAAUAUCUGGUCCGAUGCUGUCAAAGCUGCCAGUGCCCUAGGGGUCAUAACACCGCCUGUCGCGUUACACGAGACAUGA